AUGUUGACUUCCUGUGUCAGAGGACUUCCCGUGUCACAGGACUUCCCGUGUCAGAGGACUUCCCGUGUCAGAGAACUUCCUGUGUCAGUGGACUUCCUGUGUCAGAGGACUUCCUGUGUCAGAGAGCUUCCCAUGUCAGAGAACUUCCUGUGUCAGAGGACUUCCCGUGUCAGAGGACUUCCCGUGUCAGAGGACUUCCCGUGUCACAGGACUUCCCAUGUCACAGGACUCCCUGUGUCAGAGGACUUCCCGUGUCACAGGACUUCCCGUGUCAGAGGACUUCCCGUGUCAGAGAACUUCCUGUGUCAGAGGACUUCCCGUGUCAGAGGACUUCCCGUGUCAGAGGACUUCCCGUGUCAGAGGACUUCCUGUGUCAGAGGACUUCCCGUGUCAGAGGACUUCCCGUGUCAGAGGACUUCCCGUGUCAGAGGACUUCCUGUGUCACAGGACUUCCCGUGUCAGAGGACUUCCCGUGUCACAGGACUCCCUGUGUCAGAGGACUUCCCGUGUCACAGGACUUCCCGUGUCAGAGGACUUCCCGUGUCACAGGACUUCCUGUGUCAGAGGACUUCCCGUGUCAGAGGACUUCCCGUGUCAGAGGACUUCCCGUGUCAGAGGACUUCCUGUGUCACAGGACUUCCCGUGUCAGAGGACUUCCCGUGUCACAGGACUUCCCAUGUCACAGGACUUCCUGUGUCAGAGGACUCCCUGUGUCAGAGGACUUCCUGUGUCACAGGACUUCCCGUGUCAGAGGACUUCCCGUGUCAGAGGACUUCCUGUGUCACAGGACUUCCUGUGUCACAGGACUUCCUGUGUCAGAGGACUCCCUGUGUCAGAGGACUCCCUGUGUCAGAGGACUUCCCGUGUCAGAGGACGUCCCGUGCCUUCGGCGGCGUGUGUGUCCUGUCCACGCUGCAGUCCACGCUGACCCUGUGGUCUCUGCGGGGCCUCAGCCUGCUGUACGUGGUGUUCAAACGCUGCCUCCCGCUGGCCACCCUGAGCAUCGGCGUGUGCGUGCUGAAGAACGGAGUCCCCUCUGUGGGCGUGGCCACCGCCGUGCUCAUCACCACCUGCGGAGCCGCACUGGCCGGUGCCGGGGAUCUGACUGGCGACCCAUUUGGUUAUAUUACGGGGGUUCUGGCUGUGAUCAUCCAUGCCUCUUACCUGGUUCUGAUCCAGAAGACCAGCUCAGACAAUGACUACGGACCGCUCACCGCCCAGUACGCCAUCGCUACCAUGGCCUCUCCGGUCCUGCUGGUGUGCUCUGUGGUCUCCAUGGAUGCCAUCCAGAUGUGGUCCUACACCGGCUGGCAGAACCCGGCCAUCUCAGGGAUCUUCACCCUCUGCAUCGUCAUUGGCUGUGCCAUGAACUUCACCACGCUCCACUGCACCUACAUCAACUCGGCUGUCACCACCAGCUUUGUGGGCGUGGUUAAAAGCAUCGCCACCAUCACCGUUGGCAUGGUUGCAUUCAGCGACGUGGAGCCGACAAGUUUGUUCAUUGCCGGCGUGGUGGUGAACACAGUGGGAUCCGUAACGUACUGUGUGGUGAAAUACUAUGAGACGAGAAAGAAGAGCCUGUAUCAGGACCUGGAGGAGGAUGGGAAGGAUGGCACGCUGCCUGGGGAGCCUUACCAGGAGAAACCUGCGCUGAACGGCACCGGGCCUGCAGCCGUGGCCGGGCUCGGGGCUGGAUCAGAACCAGAACCAGAACCGGGACAACAGGAGACUGAGGGAGUGUUUCGAGGAGGAGAAGGGGAGCAGCAGGGGGAGGCUGGCCUAAAUAACGUCGGUCUGUGGUCAAAGGAUGAAGGAAAUGGGGAAGGAGGCACGAACGGCCGGGUCAUGACGGACCAGGAAGUGUUGGAGAUGCAAAGGGAGCAUCUCCACAAAGGUACCACCUCCUCCUCCUCCUCCUCCACCACCUCUUCGGGGCAGGCUCUGAGUGACAGCUACGCCGGCAUAUGGAGGUCCGUCAGACAUCUGCAGUUCAUGAAGAAAGACACUCUGAUCGAAAACAUGGAGCAGCAGAGUCCCUGA